CAUGUUUCUUAAAAUAUUCUGGAGUAAAGAUGCAUUGUAAUCCGUAUAAAGCAUUGAACAGUGGGAGUUUGAAGUCAAGCCUUCACAAGUUGAGAAAUGGAAAGCAAUGAUGACAAAUUUGUCAUUUUGGAGAAAGGUGUCACUAUAAUGGAUGUCAUUGAUCAGAAGAUCAAAGAGCAAAUGCUUAUGGAGAACACAGAUGCUUUUUCUGUUGCUGAUCUGGGUGAUCUUGUACAUCAGCAUCUCCUAUGGCAGAGGACACUGCCCCGAGUGAAACCUUUCUACGCUGUGAAAUGUAACAGUAGCAAACUAGUGGCUCAGAUUCUUGCUCAAAUGGGACUCGGCUUUGACUGUGCCAGUAAGAAUGAAAUUGCAAUGAUACGAGAUAUUGGUGUCCCAGCACAGAGAAUCAUUUAUGCAAAUCCCUGCAAGGAAGUCUCUCAUAUUAAAUACGCUGUCAGUCGUGGAGUGCAAAUGAUGACAUUCGAUAAUGAAGAUGAACUACUCAAAGUUGCAAUGAACCAUCCAACUGCCAAAAUGGUUCUACGCAUUGCUGUAAAUGAUUUUACAUCCCAAUCACCCUUGAGUAGCAAGUUUGGAGCAUCUAUGUCUGAGUGCAGACAGCUACUGGAAUAUGCAAAGGCCUUGAAUUUGGACACCAUUGGUGUUAGUUUUCAUGUUGGAAGUGGUUGUACUGAUCCAAAGAUUUUUGCUCAGGCCAUAGCUGAUGCACGUGUUGUCUUUGAUAUUGGGAUUAAUCUUGGAUUUCAGAUGUAUUUACUUGACAUUGGAGGUGGUUUUCCAGGAACAUUUGAACAG